GCCAAGCAGGUGACGAGGACGUGGACGAGAUUACUGUCCGCCUGCGUGACUGCAACAUUCGUGUUCGGCUGUCCCCUGAUGGCCGGGCAGCUUCAUCGCCUACAGCGCCCGCUUUCUCGAGCGCGUUCUUUUCUGUUGACUUCAGUGUUGUUACUAAAGACGUCAGUGCCAGAGUACCCCUUGCUGGGGCCGCGACCUUCGGCCUUGAGAUUCUGGACCUCCUUACGCCCGAGGAGCUGGACAAGGUGGACCUUAAGCAUCUCGAGUCCCAGGCCCGAAUUCUGGGCUCGCUUGGUGGAGGUUGGUCUUCACGCGCUCGCAUCGCUCGGGCCAUCCGAGCUGGAGUUGGGGCAAGGGAGGUGUUGGCCGGACAUCGGCUGCCACCUUCUUCGCCAUCAGUGCCUGCGAAGAACAGAUUCUACAUUGCCUUGAGGACAUCUUCCCGGCCCCAAGGCUUCUGGACUGAGAGCUCUCGCGUUUUCUUUCGGGAAGUUUCUGAGCCGGACGGCGUGGUUGGCCUUAUUCAAGUGCGGGCCGGGGGUUUUGCUAUCGUGGCCCCGGCCGAGGACGAGGUUUGGGAAGCUUUGGCUGGCAUCACUGGGGCCGAUGGGGAGCCCGCUGCUAUGACCACCGAAUGGACGUUGGAGAUGGAGACUUCUCGCCGCCGGCCGGUGGGAGGAGCAACUGUAUUCUUGUGCGACUUGCCUUGGUCUGCCGUAGGGCUCUUCAGGCGCACAGGCGGCGUCCGACUCUUGCAAGGAAGGAUCCUGAACUUCGAGUGCGAGGGCACCGCUUGCAGGCCUGUCCUCAUUUCUGUGGGUGCUGCGCUGGCAGCCUGGAUUGCCGAGACCGAGGAGGACAACCCCGUGCAAGAGUGCGUUACUGCAGAGGAGGUGCAGCCAGACCAAGACGGACUGGCGGAGGAGGCCGCUGCACCCGGCUCGCUGGAAGAGGAAGAGCUGAUCGGGCUUUCGACCACAGCCGACCCCCUGACAAGGAUUCUGGCAGGACAGACGUUGCUCCUGAAGCAGCUGAUGCCAAAGCAGCCCGACGCUCUGGCGGCCGCGCUCCAAGGGGGAGCCAGCGAACCUCGAGCGGCGGUGGCGUUCGGGGACACACUGCCCGCGAGAUGCCACCCAGGACUUCUUCGGGACUACUUGGAGAAGAGAGUGGGGAUCUCGGAGUUCCGCACCCUGGGUUACAUGGUGACCUUCUUCGCCCAUGGCUGGGCGGCAGCCCGAACUUCGAAGAAUGUGGAGAUGGAAGCCUUUUGCGGCCGCGGAGUCAUGGUGAUCGAGCAGAUGAUCCUGGACUCGGGCAGAGUCCAAGUGGGCUGGCUUCUGGGAGGGAUGCCGGAGCCCUUCUUCAACACUGCUGCGGGCCUGGACUUUCUGGAGUCGCGCGUCAAGGCUGCCAAGGACAACACGCGUCAGCAGACCACCAGCGAGGCGACCGAGACUCCGAACGAGCAGCCGAAGCCAAGUG